CAAGGAGGCAGAGAGGAUCUUUCAUAUUUACAAGUUACGCCAAUGACAGCAUCGGGAUGACCUUCACUAAUACAACCAGAUUACAGUGUGUUUAUGUAAAUGAUGGAGACCGGGAUGGUGAAAAUGUCCCUAUUUAGACAUUUUGUCUCACUCCUAAUGACUGCUGUAAAUUACAUAGGACAUGCUUCAGUGCAUUGAUGGGGGCAAACACAAAACUGGGGAUGGUUUUUAGUCAAAUACCCUGCACCCUCCUCCUCCUUUUUUGGGCCUAGGUGCCACUUUAAAAACAGACAUGUCUCUGUGCUGUACAGUUAAGGUGCACCUCAGCAGCAGAUGUUGUGGUGUCUGACCAAGAAGAAUUCUCCCAACAAGAAGCACACACCCAAGAUUGUAAGAAUGGCCCAUAUCAUGUGCAUUUUGGCACUUUUGUGUUUUUCAUCAUGUGUUGCGGAAAAUACAGAAACGGAGCAGGGGUUUAAAGACCAUCAACUACAGCAAAACUCAUUGUCGUGGCUCGACAAAUUACAGGACAACCAGGAAUUGACAAAGAAACAGAACUUAUUAGACUUGCUUUUUAAACUCUCCAAAUCCGAAAAUGGAAUUAUCCUGGAAGGACCCGCAGGCACAGAGAAACAGGAGAAGAAUCGACGAGAACUGGGAAGUGGCAAUACAACUCACACUCGGAGACCCGGCUGCAGAGUCUUCUUCUGGAAAUCCUGGACUGCCUGCUAACUAUGUUCUGUCUGAAGUCCCAGAUUGUCAAAUCAUGAAAUGGAUAUUUGAAGUUUGAAGUAUUAUAGCUAAUAUAGUUUUCUCUUGAUAUAGCCUUCUCUUUGUUGCUGCUUUACGGUCGCAUAAAAUCUUUUUCAACUGCAUUUUGUCUCAAGAUAAAGAAAACAAACAAGUGCUUUGUGCUGUUCAUGCUCAGAUAAAUGUUUUUUGUUUAUAGGAUAUUCAAUUAUUUCAUAAUUUUCAGUGAACAUUGCUUAGCUUCUGUCUUCAAUGGUACUGCCUGAAUGUAAAAAUAGUGGACCACUGUUGCAAACUAUGUAAGAAUGUAUAUGAUGACUACUUACUGACACAGCUUUCAUUUUAUUAAAUAUACCUAGCCACUAAAGCCUACAUUCUUUGAAGCAUGACUUCACCACAAUUAGCAACACA